UACAAAGCCUGGCACAUCGAGGCAGCUUGUUAGUCUGGAAUAGCUGCCACUCAUUGCAGGCCUGGUCCUCCAGCUAAUGGGCCAUAGCCUUUGAAAGCAUGAGUGGAGAUCUCCCCGAGGCCAGUGAGGAGUGGCCCUUGGCUUCCCAGCCAAGCCUGUCUCUCUCCAAGGGGUGCUUCGAAGGCAAGAAGCCAGAGGAGUCCUCAGAGCAGUUGUCUCCUGAUCCUGACCCUAACGCUGAGGCCUCACCAGCUCCAGAAAUGGAUCCCAAAGGUGGCUCCAAGGGCCAGGGCAAAGGAGGCUCUGGAGCCAAGGGUGGGCAGCGAGGCCCGAACCCCAAGUCGUCCAAAGGGAAAGGCGAGGAUCCCCAGGGCAUCCGGAGAGAUCUGGCUAAGAUUGAGCAGAAGGUGGAUAUUCUGCUGGAGAAGAUGGAUCAAUUUACCAAGGUGGCUGGACCUCCUCAGGUGGCUGCUGAGGAGGAGAAGCCCCGGCAGCAGCCACAGUCUGAGCAGGCUCCGCCUCCGCCUCCACCUCCACCUCCCCCUGCUCCGCCUCUGCCAGCCCCGAGGCAGCACCAGGGUGGUAAAGGCCACAAGAAGUCCAAGGGAGGCGCCAAGGCAGCUGCGGCCGAGCUUGGCGGCGGCGGUGGCAACAAGUCGGCCUAAAUGGGUGGAGCCUGGGCCUGAGGGAUGCUGAAGAUCAAGGCCGGGGGACCCGCUGGGGUGGUUCCAGGACAAGGCAGCAGCAGCAACAGUGGCCCCCUCCCCAUAACACCUGGGCCAUCGUCUUAGAGCCAGCUUCACCUGGGUUCCCCCCCACCAGUAUCCUCCAGCACGAUUGUCCCCAAUCUUAGUCGCUCCAGGCUCCCUAGUUCAGCUUUCUUGAAGGUGGCCUCCCUUUGGCUCCCCACUGGUGGCCGCCCCUUCCACCCCCGCAGCCUUCUUCGGAGGCGCCCCCCAGUAAAGCAUCUGCCAUGUUGCUCCUCUAGCUCUCAUAACGUUUCUCUGCAGAUUUAACAAUAAAAAGCACUCUCUUGCUCCUUU